CCGCCCCGCCCCCCCCACAAUGCCGCGCGCCGCCCUUGCGUCUGCCUCGCUCUCGUCGUCGGCUUCAACGCAAAACAACAAGCAAAUGGACUUUCUUAAUUGGGCGAUGAAUUAAAAACAAAAGUCGGUGGCGUCGCUCCGAUUUCCCAGUUGACUACUGCUAACCGCGGCGAACGCAAGGCAGGGAGAAGGAGGAGGAGGGGCUGAAGUCGGUGAGGCGAAGUUGGCCUGGGAAGGCGAGUUGGCCUGCGUUUCCGUGUCGACUUUCUGACACCACCACCACCACCCUCCUCGCGUUAGCCACGUUAGCCACGGGUAAUUAGGCGAGCCGCAUUAAUCACUCGAGCUGCGUUGCGUUCAUUAGCUGCGUUGCCGUCAUCUACGCGAACGGCGUCGGUUACAUUACAGAAAUUGCAUUCGCUUGCAUCGAAAGCAUCACGUACGGCAUCGCCUACGUUAAAGUAGCUAGGUUGAUGUGGCUACAUCAACGUUACCGUCAUUACUUAAAGGUAACGCCACCUUAUAGCACAGCUGUAUAGAGUAACGCGUAACCUGACGAAAGUAACGAGUGCUGUAACAUGUAAUCUGACGGGUAAAUGCGAACAGUAAUCUCAACAGGUAAAUCCGACGGUCGUGGUGCCUGUAUAAGGGCCCCAGGUGCUCGUCUCUAAGGGGCUGGUAAGUGCUGUUAGUCGCAUCGCUUGACAACGGCAUCUCGAUACAACCAUGAACACCGACAUCGACUCGCACAUCCUGGUGAAGUACGACAUCAAGAAGCGGCUCGGCAAAGGGGCCUAUGGGAUCGUGUGGAAAGGGGUGGAUCGAAAGAAUGGCGAUGUGGUCGCAAUCAAAAAAAUAUUUGAUGCCUUCAGAAACCAAACAGACGCCCAGAGGACAUUCAGAGAAAUCAUUUUCCUCCAGGAAUUUGGCGAUCACCCCAACAUCAUUAACCUGCGCAAUGUGCUUCGUGCUGAUAAUGACAAAGACAUCUACCUGGUGUUUGACUUUAUGGACACGGACCUCCACGCGGUGAUUCGAAAGGGGAACAUUCUGAAGGACGUGCAUAAAGCCUACAUCACGUACCAGCUGCUGAAGGCUACCAAGUACAUCCACUCGGGCAACGUCAUCCACCGCGACCAGAAGCCGUCGAACGUAUUGCUGGACGGCGAGUGCUUUGUGAAGCUCUGCGACUUUGGGCUGGCGCGCUCGCUGAAGCAGAUCCGCGACGAGCCAGGCGACCCGGCGCUCACCGAGUAUGUGGCCACCCGCUGGUACCGCGCUCCCGAGAUCCUGCUGGCGUCGCCCAGGUACACCAAAGGAGUGGACAUGUGGAGUGUCGGCUGCAUUGUUGGUGAAAUGCUGCUGGGGAAAGCGAUCUUCCCAGGCACCUCCACCCUCAACCAGAUCGAAAGAAUCAUGAGCGUCAUCCCACCGCCAAGCAAGGAGGAUGUUCUGGCCAUCAAAUCAGAAUACGGUGGGUCUGUGCUGGAAAAGAUGGGGAGGCAGCGGCAGUCGCUGGAGUCUCUGCUCCCGAACGCACCCCCCAACGCCCUCGACCUGCUCAAGCGCCUGUUGGUCUUCAACCCCGAGAAGCGCCUCACGGCCGAGGAGGCUCUGAGCCACCCCUACGUAGCCCAGUUCCACAACCCGCAAACGGAGUUGGCGGUAGACUAUGACGUGGUGCCACCCGUGGACGACGACACGCGGCUCUCCGUGGCCGAGUAUCGCAACAAACUUUACGAGUUGAUCCUGGAGAGGAAGAUGGAUGUGCGUAAACAUCGCAAGGAGAGUGGCCGGAGCGCACAUGGCAAGCCGCAACGUUCCUUCGACAGCGAUUCGGGGGAGCGGGACCUAGCGCAGCGUUCCCAGCCCGCGGCCGGUAAACCUUCUACUCCCUCCCAGCAUGCCGCGCACAGGCAUCCGACCAACCCCACCGAGGCGUCGGAACCUCACACCAACGCCCAACAAGAGGAGCUCCAACCUGCAGCUUCUCAGCGUGCGCUGGGGCAACCCGCAGCUUCCCAGGAUGCACAGAAGCAGCAACACGUUACUUUCCACGAUGCACAGAAGCCACCGGUAGCUUCCCAGGACGCACAGAAGCAGCAACACGCUGCUUUCCACGAUGCGCAGAAGCAACCGGCAGCUUCCCAGGAUGACCAGAAGCAACCGGCAGCUUCCCAGGAUGCCCAGAAGCAGCACGCGGCCGUGGGUCACCAGGUGUCGUCACGCGGUGCCCCUGGGCUGGGGGUCUCUGGCAGUUUCCCUCUGGCAAGCCCCAAGGGGAAGGCAUCAGUGAACCCCAUCACCCACGCCGCGGAUCAGGACGUGGAACACAACGCAGGUCACAAGGUUUCCCAGAACGCCAAUCUCAUUGGCGAAGAACACGGCAAAGCGGGCCGACCGGCCAAUCAGGGACCGGCGGUUCGGCAAACUACAAACCCACAGUCAGCGAAUUAUGUAGCGCCGCUGGCCGCGAAGGAGGAACGAGGGGCCAAGUCGGCGCCCGCGUGCCGUGAGAAGAGCCUGGCGCAGCAGCACCGUGCCAACGCCGGGAACCGCAUGCUGAUGCGCGAGGAGGCGCGCGAGCUGGACCUGGGAAUGUCGGUCAGCGGCGCGCCCCUCAACCAGCGUGGACAGUCGGCGAGCCGAGACACUCGUGCCGCGGGAACGAGGUUCAGCCGGAAGGUGUUCGAAGGAGCCAAAAACGUGGGCGCGGCGGGGGACCCCAAGGCGGCCAUGGGAAGCUACUCGCAGUCAUACGGCACCAUCAACCAGAGCAGCCUGCAAAGCCUCAAGAACCUCAAAAUAUGAUGGGGGGCGGUGGGGGGAUUGUUACCACCAAGACGCAGCGGUAGCACAGUGGGUCCCCCCCAACUUUUGGCAAACAAAAAGUGUGACCUCUAUAAGGUGGCCAGUGGUCCUGAUUUUCCCCAGGAAUCGUCAUCUUUUUGCAAAGUAACUGCUGUCCUGUGGAAAUUAACAGGUUUUGUCAGCUGUGUAAUAAUACGCCACUCAAGACGAUGCAUUCACUCGUUCUCCUAUCUGGGAUAUUUGUUCUUCUUCCUCACAUGAUGUUGUCCUAGUGUUUUUUUGUACCUCAGGAGGUAGCAAACCCUAGCGAAGAGUGGUCUGUGAAGGGGGAGCGAGAGAGGGCUUGUGCGGUCCAUCGCAGUGCAGGCUGCAACGUGCAUCUACACACCCAGGGAUUUCCUCCCCUGCGAGAAGGCUCACAGCAAUAGGUGUGUGUGCGUGUCAAUGAAAGGGACAUUUUUAACUAUCUAUAUUAUAUAUGCAAACUUUGUACUUUGUGGAUUGGUUUACUGUGGUGCCUUAUGUUAUGCUCGAAUCGUAAACGGCCUUUUUGUAAAUAUCUAUCGCGUCAAUGUUUGCGCAGCAAUGUGCAUGUAACCCACACGUGUGAACGGCGCGUCCGUGGGGAGGUGGUGAUCACUAAAGCAUUAAUGAGGGAAAGCGGUGAACAUUUAUCACUCCUCGGAGCACCAAUGCGGCCUCACUAGGAUGUGGCAGCUCGCAAGCGUGACUGACGGCUUUCCCGGCAGUAUAGCCACGGCGUUGUAACAUGACCACGCACGCUUGCCCCGUGCUUUCGUGCCUUAUUCAUUCAGCGCAGUGCUUGGCAACGCCGCUAUUAUUACCACCACCGUGGCUGUCAUAGUCACCGCUGUCGCCGUCGUAACCGUAUCCACCCAAGCCGGUGUUUAUUGCAAUGCCAUUUAUUUUUUAAUCUCUGCAACAGGUUCCGCUACAAAUGUAAAGUUUUCUCGACGUGCGUCACAUUUAUAACGUGUAAAUUGGCCCCGUUACAUAACCACUGUAACUCGUGCACAAUCAAAACAUUUCUGUCGUUCCUUUUGAAUACGCACAGAGAGGGAGCGAGAGAGAGAAUCUCACUACAGCUGCACUUUGCAACCUAAUUAUUUAAUGGGUGUAUGUAUACUUGGUAAAACGAAAGUUUAUGUUUUAAAAGGGUGAUCAUAACAAAGGGCUUUCCUAAAUUCCCGCGAGCAAGUGUCACGUCUUUUGUAAAUAAGCCGUGGCGCUCUUUUUCAUGUUAGAGAGUUUGUGCGUUUUUUAUUUGAGUGUGAAGUAUUUGCCAUUAUUAUUAAUGAGAUGCUGACGUUAUGGAUGCAAAAUUAUUUGGGUAAAGAUGUUGUUUUUCUUGUUGUCCGUUGUUUACAACCCUUUUUGUUCUGCAAUAAAAAGCUCACCAGAGUACCUCC